GGCAAUUGUCGGGAUUAAAAAAUAUUGGAAGAAUGUCUAGAGGUGGGAAUUGUAGUCUGCUUUCUAUUAAAAGGAGCAGGAGCUCUCAUCUUCAAUUCAGUGUAAGACAAUUGCUAGCAUCCUGCUGCCAUUCUACUUCUGAAGUCAAACAGAAAAAUGAAAGUAAAUCUUUGGUCCAGUUUUUAAGAGAUAAGAAGAUUGUUCCUGAUUCAAAACCUCCGAACAUGAUAGACUUGAACCGUCUAUAUCAAUUUUUUGAUAGGAGCCGCAAGCUUAUGGUAUUGACUGGAGCAGGACUAAGCACUGAAUCUGGAAUUCCUGAUUACAGGAGCCCAAAUGGAGCGUAUAGCUCUGGUUUUAAACCAAUUACUCAUCAGGAGUUUGUCCGCUCCAGUCGUGCCCGCAGGAGAUAUUGGGCUAGGAGUUAUGCUGGAUGGAGAAGGUUUAUUGCUGCACAGCCAAGUCAAGGCCAUAUUUCACUCGCAACCUUGGAAAAAGCUGGUAGAGUUAAUUUCAUGAUUACCCAAAAUGUUGACAGGCUGCAUCAUCGUGCUGGCAGCGAACCUCUUGAGCUUCAUGGUACUGUUUAUACUGUAGUGUGUUUAAAUUGUGCUAUUUCUGUUGACCGAAAUUCAUUUCAAGAUCAAGUAAAGGCCCUCAACCCAAAGUGGGCUUCAGCUAUUGAAAGACUGGAGCAUGGAGCUCCGGGUUCAGAUAAGAACUUUGGUAUGCAGCAAAGACCUGACGGAGACAUUGAAAUCGAUGAGAAGUUUUGGGAGCAGGAUUUUAUUAUUCCUGACUGCCAUCAAUGUGGUGGCAUGCUAAAACCUGAUGUGGUGUUUUUUGGCGAUAAUGUCCCUAAAGACACAGCUGACAAAGCAAUGGAAGCUGCAAAAUCAUCAGAUGCUUUUCUUGUUCUGGGUUCAUCGCUAAUGACAAUGUCAGCAUUUAGACUCGUAAGAGCCGCUUAUGAAGCGAAGGCAGAUGUUGCAAUUGUCAACAUUGGUGAAACUCGAGCUGAUGAUUUUGUACCUUUAAAAAUAAAUGCCCGAGUAGGGGAGAUACUUCCCAGAUUACUUCAGAUGGGUUGCCUUAGCAUUCCCUGUAUCAGUUGAAUAUAAAUUCUUCUAGUCAUUCAAUGUGUACUCCAAUUAUACAAGCCAGAGAUAUGCAGCAUCAAGAGGUCUGCUAUUCUAUGUUCCUUGUUUAUGUGUGUAUAUUUCAUCUGAUCUUUCAUUCUUUGUAAAAGUUCAUGCCAAAUACUUACCAAGAGAAACAAAUGUGCAUCAUCUUUGUUUUUCUUAUCUAUAAAUGUUUCGUUGUCAAUGAUAUUAAUUGUUCUUUU